CUUCUUGUAAGUGAAGGGGGUGGGGCAUCUCUCAUCUGAAACUGAAAGUAUGAAAAGUCACAGUCGCUAUUUCAGACAUCAAAAAGAGUUACAAUGGAGCGGGCUGGUGCAGGUGCAGAGGAGGAGCAGCCGCAUAACUAUGGUGUGAAAGUACUUCCCCUUAAUGACUCCAAACCAGGACACUCUCACAACAAACCAGUGGAGAGUUUCACACAGAGAGCAGAGUCUACAGUGUCCAACCAAGUGUCUCUAAAGAGUGACUGUUCUAUUUACCUGCCCCCAGAAUUCAGCUCUGUCUCACUACAAGAACCACUAGUGGAGAGUGUCACACAGAGAGCAGAGUGUACAGUGUUUAACCAUGUGCCUCUGAAGAGUGACAGUUCUAUUUACCUGCCUCCAGAAUUCAGCUCUGAUCCACUACAAGAACCACUAGACAAUCCUGGUGCAGGCUCAGGUUCGUUCUGCUGUGUCUGUGGAAGACAACUGACUGAUCCAGUCAUCACCAGCAGGGGGCUCUACUGUCAGCCGUGUUACUCUGAAAACAUGGACCAUUCCUGGUCAUCACUGCAAAGUGACCAUAAGAGGUAUCUGAUGCUGAGAUAUGAGCGCGUACAUGAAGGAACAAACACAGAAAGUAAAACUUCUCUGAAUAAGAUCUACACUGAGCUGUUCAUUACAGACGGCCACCGUGACCAUGUCAGUACUCAACAUGAAGAGAAGCAGCUGGAGACUCUUUCCAAAAACACUGCCCCUUCUGCUGCUAUCAGGAUCCAUGACAUCUUUAAACCAUUACCAUCUGACCUCAAACCCACCAGGGUGGUGCUCACCUGCGGUGUGGCUGGAGUAGGGAAAACCUUCUCUGUCCUGAAGUUCACUCUGGACUGGGCCCAGGAUUUGGAGAACCAUGAUGUUGAUCUGGUGGUGCCCCUGUCCUUCAGGGAACUCAAUCUAGUCGGACAAAGUCGCUACAGCCUGCUGACCCUCAUACAAGAGUCUCAUGUUUCUCUACAGGAGAUCACAGCUGAAACACUGGCCCAGGGGAAACUCUUGUUCAUCUUUGAUGGCCUUGAUGAGAGCAGGCAAACUCUUCCCUUCCACGCUUGUAAACACAUUACUAGGGUAACACAGAGAGCCAAAGUUGGAGUGCUGCUUGUGAACCUUAUCAAAGGCACGUUGCUUCCUUCUGCCCUUAUAUGGAUCACAUCUAGACCAGCGGCAGCCAAUCAGAUUUCUGUGCAAUUUGUGGAUCGAUUUACUGAAGUCAGAGGCUUUGUCACGGGCAAACAGAAGGAGGAAUAUUUCAGGAAGAGGUUCACAGAUGAGGAGCUGUGUUCCAGAGUUCUCGCCCACAUCACCAAAUGUAAGAGCUUGAACAUCAUGUGCCAGAUCCCAGUUUUCUGCUGGAUCACAGCCAGAGUCCUGGAGCACAUGUUCAGGGUGGAGCACAGAGGAGCCCUGCCCCGGACCCUCACUGACAUGUACGCUCACUUUCUGCUUGUGCAAACUCUCAGGAAGAGGAAGUACAAGCAGGAGACUAGUGUUGUAGAGCUGACAACGGUUGAUGUUGAGGUUAUUCAAAAGCUAGGGAAGCUUGCUUUCAAUCAUCUACAGAAAGGGAACUUCAUGUUCUACCAAGAAGACCUGCUUCAUGUAGGUCUGGAUCUGACUGAAGCCUCAGUUUACUCAGGACUUUGUACAGAGAUCUUCAAACAUGAGAGUGUUACUUUUAGUUAUCCACAAACAAUCUACUGUUUUGUCCAUCUAAGUGUCCAGGAGUUCCUGGCUGCAGUUUACAUGCAUCACUGCUUCAAUAAAAAGGCAAAAAGGUUUCAUAAGUCCUGGAAACAAUACUCAACAGUUGAUGUCUUUCUCAAAGAGGCUUUGAAAAAAGCUUUAAAUAGUCCAAAUGGUCACCUGGACCUUUUUGUGCGUUUUCUUCACGGUCUUGCGCUGGAGUCCAACCAGGAGCUCCUGAAAAAUAUACUGGGUCCCAUACAGACGGGCCCAGAGGUGAGACAAAAAGUCAUCAACAACUUGAAAGAAAUGAACGCCGGAGACAUUUCCCCAGACAGAAGCAUCAACAUUUUUCAUUGUCUGACAGAGUUACAUGAGCGCUCGGUCCAUCAGUACAUCCAGGACCUUCUGAAGUCAGGGAACAGGUCAGGAAAGCUGUCUGAGAUCCAGUGUUCUGCACUGGCCUACAUGCUGCAGAUGUCAGAGGACGUCCUGGAGGAGCUGGAUUUAAAGAAGUACAACACCUCACCGGAAGGAUGCUUGAGACUGCUCCCGGCUGUGAGGAACUGCAGAAAGGCUCUACUUUCUGACUGUAAACUCUCAAAGAUUCACAUUGAAGUUGUGGCAUCAGCUCUGAAGUCCAGUCCGUCUCACCUGGUGUUCCUCGACCUAAGUUUAAACUCUGAGGUGAAUUCUGAAAUGAAGGUCUUAUGUGAAGGACUGCAGAAUCCACACUGUCAACUUCAGACUUUAAGAUUAAACAGUUGCUCCCUGUCAGAGUCCAGUAGUUCUUCUCUGGCCUUGUCUCUGAAGUCCAACCCCUCCCACCUCAGAGAACUCGCCCUGGGCGGUAAUGUGCUGAAUGACUCCAGUGUGGCUCACCUGUGUGCUGUCCUGCAGAGCCCACACUGUCAGCUGGAGACGCUCAUAUUGUACCGAUGCAGUUUGAUGGAAUCAGGCUGUUUGGCUUUGGUCUCAGCUCUCAAGUCCAACCUUUUGCAUUUAAAAAAACUGGACCUUGGGUUUAAUAAGAUGACCAGGUCAGCGGUGGAGCAUCUGUGCAGUUUUCUACAGAAUCCAGAUUGUAGACUUGAGACACUAGAACUGAAUAACUGCAGUUUACCAGAGUCCAGCUGUAGCCUCUUGGCCUCGGCUCUGAAGUCCAACCCCUCGUACCUGACAGAGUUUAUCCUGUGGGGGAACAACCUGAAGGAGGCAGACGUCCAGGAGCUCCUGGAUCUGAAGCAGAGCCCAAACUGUCGACUGAACAUUCUACUUUGGCGGUGAAUGGACAAAAGCACUUGACCACACUGUUCUGUUUCUCCUGGAUCCUCCCUGGAGAAAUAUCCCACCUGUGGAAGGGCUUUGGAGGGUCUAUAUGGGAUCGCCUUGGGACCUGGGCUGGAGGAAGUGUCUGGGCCUCUGGCUUUAGACUGCUACACUCACUAAUAAUAUAAAAUGUAAAGAGUUGUCUGAGCUUCUUGAAGGUGCUGUACCUGAUUUUACUUACACUUCCUGUAUUACACAAUUGACACAAUUACACAUGUUUGAGUAAUCCUUUAUUAUUAGUCUGUCUACAUCUCCAAAACUCAAAAUGCUCUGUUCCACCUUGUGAUGUCAUGAAGCUGUUUUCAAGUUACCAGCUAUGCCUUUUAUUUUUUGUUCAGUAGAGUUUGGGGGCUGAAAUUUUUCCAAGUGAUUAUAGUAAAGGUGUAUAGAAUUUAAAAACACAGUAGAGCACUUUCUGCAUUACCACAUGACAAUGCAAGGUGCAGUGUUUUCUGUUUGAAAGAAGAAAUUAUUUUAAAUAUGCAGGGUUUAUGUGUUCAACAUUUGGGAAUGAAAAAACUACAUUCUAACAGAUCAAAAAAUCUUGUCAUAUGGGCCCUUCAAACAUUUACAGUGUUCCAAACUUAUUCCUCACUUUGCCAACGCAUGCUCAGUUUUUUGUUGUUGUUGUUGUUGUUGUUUUUUUUUUUUUUAGCAUUCUCUCCAUUCUUAGCAUCUUAGUUACCAAGUUUAUAAGUGUUUUUAAGGCCUUCAAUUCACAUGCUAACAACAACUAGCAUGCUAACAGCGCACUGAUUAAAGUGAAACCAUAUUUGAUACUUCUGAUCUUUUCCGGACAGCUGAGCCUGUAUUUUCACUAAGAACUCUGAACUCUUGUACUUGUACUCCAAAUACCCUUAUGUUGGGUAUUAAAGGUGCACUAUGUAACUUUUUGGUUGGGGGUUCCUUACCUGCUUGUUUCUGUGGGUAUGUAACUGCUCUUCCUAUAAUGUUCCACAGUAUGACAUUAAAAACUCUACCUUAAAUUUAUUAAAUUCAGGUGAUUUUAUAGCUCAAAAAUACCUAGAAAAACAAACAUUCUGACUGUGAGUAGGGUUACUGCUCCGCAGAUCUGACCUGUAACUUGGUCUGGUUUAGUCUCCUUAAAUAGAAAGGUUUAAUACCGUACUGUGAAACAUUCCAGAUGAAGCAAUAAUAUCUCUGUGGAGAAAAACAUUUGAUGGAACCUCCACCAGAAAAGUUACACAGUUCUUUAAGUUAGAAUUUGGAUGUGCAUCAUGUAUUACGUUGUUGGUAAUAUUUUUGUCUGUUUUAUAUAAAUAGGUCAAGCCUGUGUUACUUGAAACUGGUGAAAUAUGUUUUUUUUUACUGAAAUAACUGUUCUAAAAUUUGUUUUGUUUUUGUUUUUAAGCUUCAGAUCAAAUGAAAUAUUGCAGCACACUUUUAUGAGACUGGAUGUGGCAUAUAAAAAAUAACUGACAUAUAUAUUUUAUAAUGAUAGAGUUAUGCAGCUAUUUAUAAGUUUAAGUUAAAAAAUAAAUUAAAUCAUGUGGCCAGUGAGCAAAAGUAUAAAAAAAAAAUCCAACUGAAAACAAAAUAUUUAUAUUUAUUUUUUCCAUUUACUGUAUGUACAUUUCUCAUGUGAACUGUGUUAAAGUAACUAGGAAAUUUUAACUAUAAAAUAAAAAUGGAAGUGCUUGCUUUUGCA